GCUGGGAAAUUCAUGAACUUCCCCGCCCCUUAUCGGCUGCCCCUCCUCGCGGCAUAUCGUAAACUCAAUAACGCCUCGGCAGUGAUCAGAUAGGCAGGCAUUUCUAUCUCCCGACUGGUUUCUAUCUGCCCACUAUUAUUACUACAUUUCUAUCGUAUUGCUUAAGCUAGAGGCCAUAAUUGCUAUGCGCUAGCUUUGGUACUUUCGGGGUUCCAAUCGGACUAUUACGAUAGUUAAUGUUACUUAAUUACAGCGGGAUACCCCGUCCGAUUACUCUCCGGUAGUUAUAGCCCAUAUUUAUCUCGAGAGGGGUAAGAAUUGGUUUGAGAGUGGUACUGUCUUUUCGUCGUCUUUGAUCAUCAUCUUCCACAAUACUCAGGAGACAUCCUCCAAAGAGAGCGUCUUGAGGGGGCUUUUGAAACCAGAUCCAAUCGAUACCAUACCAUAACCGACGUAAACAUGGGCAAGAAGCGGGUUCUAGUCAGCUACGGCGUCGACAUCGACGCUGUCGCGGGGUGGUUGGGUUCCUACGGUGGAGAGGAUAGCACAAACGACAUCAGCAGAGGUCUAUGGGCCGGUCAUAUCGGAACGACGCGUCUACUGAAGCUAUUUGAAAAGUACAAUAUCAAGGCCACAUGGUUCAUCCCAGGCCACUCCCUCGAGACAUUCCCCGAAGAGUGUGCCAUGGUUCGCGAUGCAGGCCAUGAGAUCGGUCUGCACGGAUACAGCCAUGAGAAUCCCUCUGACAUGACCUUCGAGCAACAGCGUGAUGUGCUCGACAAGACAUACCGCUUGCUCACGGACUUUUGCGGAAAGCCGCCCCGCGGCAGCGUAGCUCCUUGGUGGGAGACAAGCAAGGAGGCUACAGAGCUGCUCUUAUCGUAUGGAAUCGAAUACGAUCAUUCCAUGUCGCAUCAUGAUUGCCAGAUGUACUGGCUGCGAACAGGCGACACGUGGACCAAGAUCGAUUAUAAAAAGACGGCAGAAGAAUGGAUGAAGCCUCUAGAGAGAGGGCAGGAGACUGGUCUCGUUGAGAUUCCAGGAAGUUGGUACAUUGACGACCUGCCUCCGAUGAUGUUCAUCAAAGCCUCGGCCAACAGUCAUGGUUGGGUGAAUCCGAGAGAUGUGGAAGCUAUAUGGAAGGACCACUUCGACUAUUUCUACCGUGAAUACGACGAGUUCAUCUUCCCUAUGACCAUUCACCCAGACGUAUCUGGUCGUCCACAUGUCCUCCUGAUGCAUGAGAGAAUUAUCGAAUACAUCAACUCUCACGAGGGAGUCGAAUGGGUUACAAUGGAGCAGAUGUGUGAUGACUUCAAGAGCAAGAACAAGCCUCCUGCGGGCGCUUUGAUGCCAGCUGCUCCGGGUGCUAUUCUCAAGAAAUGAUCAUUCUGUCUUUAAUGAUAAUCAACAUUCUGUAUGCCUAUUACUUGAAUGGGAC